AUGUUCUCCAAGUCCCUCGCCGCCCUUGCCCUCGCUGGCUCAGCCAUUGCAUCUCCCGUCCCAACACCCCAAAUAAUCCCCCGAGAUGUCGGCAACUUUGAGUGCUUCAACGCCAGCCUCCCCAACAUCACCAUCUUCGCAACAGGCGGUACAAUCGCUGGCGAAGCAGGAUCCGCCGACCAGACAACAGGCUAUCAAGCCGGCGCCCUCGGCAUCAAAGCUUUAAUCGACGCGGUCCCCCAACUAUGCAACGUCUCCAACGUCCAAGGCGUGCAGAUUGCAAAUGUCGACAGUGGCGAUGUUAAUUCUACUAUCUUGACUACGCUUGCGCAUCGCAUCCAGGCCGAUCUGGACAGUGAUGAAAUUCAAGGUGUUGUCGUUACGCAUGGCACUGAUACCCUUGAAGAGUCAUCGUUCUUUUUGGACCUUACUGUCAAGAGUGAGAAGCCUGUUGUUAUGGUUGGAUCUAUGCGUCCUGCUACGGCUAUCAGUGCUGAUGGACCUAUUAAUCUGUUGUCGGCUGUGAGAUUGGCGGGUAGUAAGAGUGCCAUGGGUCGUGGUGCCAUGAUUGUUCUCAACGAUAAAAUCGCCUCUGCGCGGUACACUAUCAAGUCGCACGCCAACUCUGUCCAGACAUUCAUCGCCGAAGACCAGGGUUAUCUCGGUGCCUUCGAGAACAUUCAGCCUGUCUUCUGGUAUCCUGCCUCUCGCCCUCUCGGCCACCACUACUUCAACAUCAGCACCAGCUCACCCGAUAAGGCACUCCCCAAGGUCGACGUUUUGUACGGUCACCAAGAAGCUGAUCCUGAAAUAUUCCAAGCUGCCAUCGAUGGCGGCGCUGAGGGUAUUGUUCUUGCUGGACUCGGUGCUGGCGGUUGGCCUGAUGAGGCUGCUAAUGAGAUCAAGAAAGUGCUGGACAACUCCACUCUCCCCGUCGUCGUGAGCAGAAGAACGGCAUGGGGCUAUGUCGGAGGGCGAUCAUUUGGAAUUGGCGCAGGAUAUUUGAACCCUUCCAAGGCAAGAAUUCAACUGCAGCUUGCUAUUGAGAAGGGAUUAUCUACAAAGGAGAUUCAGGAUAUCUUUGAGUACAUUUAA